AUGAUUACAACGGAACUAACUUUCUUUUUGAUUUACAGAGGAGCCUUUUCUGUGGUGAGAAGAUGUUUGAAAAUCUCUACUGGUCAGGAAUAUGCUGCCAAAAUCAUCAACACCAAAAAGCUGUCUGCCAGAGAUCACCAAAAACUGGAACGAGAGGCCCGGAUUUGUCGUCUACUCAAGAAUCCCAACAUUGUGAGGCUCCAUGACAGCAUAUCAGAGGAGGGCGUUCACUACCUCGUCUUUGAUUUAGUCACAGGAGGCGAGCUGUUUGAAGAUAUUGUUGCCAGAGAGUACUACAGUGAGGCCGACGCCAGUCAUUGCAUUCAGCAGAUCCUUGAGGCUGUUCUCCACUGCCACCAGAUGGGAGUGGUCCAUCGUGACCUGAAGCCAGAGAAUCUUCUCUUGGCCAGCAAACUGAAGGGUGCAGCAGUGAAACUGGCUGAUUUUGGGCUGGCUAUUGAGGUGCAGGGAGACCAACAAGCGUGGUUUGGGUUUGCUGGAACCCCGGGUUAUCUGUCUCCUGAGGUGCUCAGGAAGGAGCCUUAUGGCAAACCAGUGGACAUGUGGGCAUGUGGUGUUAUUCUGUACAUCCUUCUUGUGGGUUACCCUCCUUUCUGGGAUGAAGACCAACAUCGACUUUACCAGCAGAUCAAAGCUGGUGCAUAUGAUUUUCCUUCUCCUGAGUGGGACACAGUGACACCAGAGGCCAAAGAUCUGAUCAACAAGAUGCUGACUAUAAACCCUGCCAAACGCAUCACAGCAGCUGAGGCCCUCAAACACCCCUGGAUCUGUCAACGUUCCACAGUGGCAUCCAUGAUGCACAGACAGGAGACCGUGGAAUGCCUGAAGAAAUUCAAUGCCAGGAGGAAGCUUAAAGGUGCUAUCCUUACUACAAUGCUUGCUACACGGAACUUCUCAAGCAAGAAUCCAUACAAGAAGCCUGAUGGUGUUAAGGAGUCUCAAACUACUGUUAUCCACAAUCCCACUGAUGGAAACAAGGAAUCAUCAGAGAGUGCCAACACCACUAUUGAAGAUGAAGACAUUAAAGUAUACCACAUGCCUACCGCGCCUCCUAGAAUGUACAAACGCGAGCAAUCUCAUUCCCAGCAGUCUUGUUCUUCCACUUCCUCCUCUGUCUCAUCCUGCUGGUACCUCCCAAACAUGUGGCCUGAAGAAAUCUGCUGUAACCGCAUUCUCAAAGCCCUCCUGGUACUCUACCUGCUUGUUUUCCUAUUUGCCUUUUUGGCAUUCUUCUAUGUCAGCUCAACAGCCGAUUGUGGCCAGUGCAUUAAUCCCAAGGCUGCUCCCAAACGGUCUCAGCUAAUCCAGAGCCACAUCAGCAUUCAGUCACGGAAACAGGAGAUAAUUAAAGUCACAGAGCUGCUGAUCGAAGCCAUUAAUAAUGGAGAUUUUGAAGCUUACACGAAAAUGUGUGACCCUGGACUGACAUCUUUUGAACCUGAAGCUUUGGGAAACCUAGUGGAGGGGACAGAUUUCCACAGGUUCUACUUUGAAAACUCGCUCUCCAAAGGUCACAAACCCAUCCACACCAUCUUGCUGAACCCUCAUGUACACCUAAUUGGUGAGGAUGCUGCAUGCAUCGCUUAUAUACGGCUCACCCAAUACAUGGAUGUCAACAAUAUGCCUCACACUAUGCAGUCUGAAGAAACCCGUGUCUGGCAUCGUCGUGACGGCAAAUGGCAGAACAUCCACUUCCAUCGCUCUGGCUCACCAACUGUGCCCACCAAGUGAGUUAAUAAGGGCUCCAGAGCACAGCCUUUCCUGUCAACUGAGCUUCAACAAGUGUCUGGCCUAACUCAACCAUGAUCUUCAUAGUUUGCUCUACUGUACCAGAGUCUUGUUUACAUUUACUGUUGGACUUAUAGAAUAUAGAAGGUUGGAUAGUCAUUUCAGAUCAGGAUGUGGUGUGUUUGUAUGUGAGCACAUUUACAUGUACUGAGUAUGCUGUUUACACACUAUACUCAUUUAUGUGAAAGGCAUGUUCUUACUUAGUACUUUAAUCUUUUUUAAAGGGUUACAUUUUUGUAUAACAAAAUAUAUGGAGCCAUUUGUUAGUAAUAUGUGGUGUUUGGGUACAGGGGUACUGUAUAUCAGAAAAUAAUUAAUCAAGGUUUUUU